AUGGCCGUGGCCGCCGCUGCCCGCCGCGCUCUGUGCGCGCUGCUGCUGGGCCGGGGCCCGGCGCUGCCGCCCGCGCUGCGCCUGCCCUGGCCCCGGGCCCGGCCCGGCCCGGCCCCGGCCCUGCUCUCGGCCCCGGCCCUGCUCUCGGCCCCAGCCCCGCUCCGCGCCGCCCUCCGCGCAUACAGCCAGGUCACGGAUGCUCCGUCCCACGAAGGCCGCCUGUCAGAGGAGAAGCCCGCCUCACCCAAGGCGGAGAGCGACACUGUCUACCUCAUCAGGGCAGAAGGAUUCCCGUUCUCGUGCACCGAGGAAGAUGUCCUUACCUUCUUUGAUAGCUGUAGAAUUCGGAACGGUGAGAACGGGAUACACUUCCUCUUAAACAGGGAUGGGAGGCGCAGGGGGGAUGCCUUGAUCGAGCUGGAGUCCAAAGCAGACGUGCAGAGAGCCCUGGAGAAGCACCUGAGGUACAUGGGCCCACGCUACGUGAAAGUGUUUGAGGUGCACGACAGCGACGUGGAGGGCUUGCUGCGCAGCCUGCGCGACGAGUCGCAGGCCAUGAGCGACGGAGUGGUGCUGCUCCGAGGCCUCCCCUUCACCUCCACCGAGGAGGACAUUGCAGAUUUCUUCUCAGGUCUGAAAAUCACAGACAUUGCUUUCAUUUACCGGGGAGACAGAAGAACAGGAGAAGCUUUUGUGCAGUUUGCCACUCCGGAAAUGGCAGCUAAGGCCCUGCUGCGGCACAGGGAAUAUAUGGGAAGCAGGUACAUAGAGGUGUACGUGAGCAGAAAGCACCAGAUGCAAAGGCACAUGCCCUACAGCAGGCAGCUGACAGCCUAUUCCAGGGCCAGAAGAGAGUAUGAGUCCAUCUCUGAAGACAGGGGCUGGAGAGACACUGUAGGCUCCCACGCUGAAGGAGAAAUCAAACUGAGCAGGGAAGGAACAGAAAGCUCCAGGAACGUUUCAGAGUCUGAGAUUGCCUCAUCACCACCACAGCAUUUUGUCCACAUGAGGGGUUUUCCUUCCCAAGCUAGUGCCCAGGAUAUAAUAAAUUUUUUUGCUCCGCUGAGGCCCACAAGGAUCUUGGUGGAAUAUAACUCCCUUGGAGAUGCCACAGGAGAGGCAGAUGUGCAUUUUGAGAGCCACGAGGACGCAGUCGCAGCGAUGGCCAAGGAGGGGUCACAGAUGGAGUGCAGUGCCAUUGAAUUGUUCCUGAACAAACAUCCCAAGCGACAGGAGAACUGCUAGUGACAGCAGCACAGGUUUGGCCAGGCGAACACAUUCCGUGGAUAUGAGCGUGAAGAUCAGGUCCAAGUGUCAGCAGUCGGCAAGGAGGACAUGCUAAGAUUAGAUCAGCCUUAUGUAAGAGCUUGUAAUAAAUGUGACGUGUGGGGAGCUGCACCAGCUGCAGCGGGAAUGGCCAGGACUCCAGAGUGGAGCAGUCCAGGGCCCCAGGUGCAUCAGGCUGCAUUAAUAAAAUACCAGGAUUGCCAUUUAACAGCUGACUGAUCUAAGACCUCACACAGGUGCACACUGUUGCUCUGAAUCCUCUCAAUACCUCAAGCCCAAGAGGAAUGGGAUGGAAAGACCACUCAGGAGGCAGGAUAUGAAUGAUCAAGGGUUUUUUUUGUGUGGAACAAAAUUAACAUCAGAAAACCUGUCCCCCCCCCCGUUCCCAAGGUCCAGAUGUGAGCCCACCCUGGCAUCACACAGAAUACCUGAGCACAGAGGGAGCUGGCAGCCAGCAGUCCUGCUCCCACCUUCCUAAAGGCCAGGCCUAUGGCGGCCACCAGUGCUGGAGGGGGUCAGCCACCUCCCUGCUUCAUGGAGUUUAAUCCUCCAUUUCCAGUUUAAUGCUCUGUCUGGGUCUUAUUUUCUCCUCUGGGGAUGAGACACACUGGGGUUGGGUGCAGGAGUUCACACUGCUGGAUGUGUACAGUAAGUACUCAAAACUAUUGACACUAAA